GGAGACAGAGAGAGAGAUGGGCCACAUGGCGACAGAGAUCGUGGCAUUCUUUCUCAGCGUGUCGGGCUGGAUCCUGGUGUCCUCCACCCUGCCCAUGGACCACUGGAAGGUGUCCUCUGUGGACGGCACCGUCAUCACUACGGCAACCUUCUGGUCCAACCUGUGGAAGACGUGUGUGACCGACUCCACCGGCGUGUCCAACUGUAAGGAAUUUCCCUCCAUGCUCGCCCUGGACGCCUAUAUCCAGCUGUGCCGGGGUCUGAUGAUCGCGUCCGUGUGUCUGGGCUUCCUGGGCUGCUCGCUGGCGCUGGUGGGCAUGAAGUGCACGCGGAUUGGGGGCUCCGAGCCCACCAAGGCCCGGCUCACCGCCCUGGCCGGACUCCAGUUUGUGCUCUGCGGGCUCUGUUGCAUCGCCGCCUGCUCCAUCUACGCUCACAGGAUCACCACAGACUUCUUUGAUCCUCUCUUCAUUGCACAGAAGUUUGAGCUGGGCGGCGCGCUCUUCAUCGGCUGGGCCGGCUCUGUGCUGUGUGUCCUGGGAGGCCUGGUCUUCUGUCUGUCCCUGUCGGAAGGCUUCACAGUCAGGCAAGCUCAAUCAAUCACUAAUCAGUUGAUCGGUCAAUCAGUCAAUCGGACAAUAAAUGACUAAAAUAAGGAUUUUAAUGAUAUUUGUUUAAGCCUUUUGUCCCCUCCAAGGCUCUUGGGAUUGUUUCAAGGGUCAUUC